AUGAUAGUUGACGUACACGACAGUAUUUUCGCCCUCAACGCUUCUCUCGGCGUCUUUUUCAACUUGCUACUUUUCUCGAUCGCCUGGUUUACUCCGCUGCCCAGCAAGAGCAAGUACAGAAGAUUGGUCUUACUUUUCGCUGCUUUCAACGUUUUCUACUCCCUCAUUCAUGUCAUUCUGAAACCGGUACGCUUCAGAUUCAAGGAUCAAAAAAAGUCGAGCCCUUUACCAGAUUAUGUAUGUAAAAGGGGAGAAGACUUUUUUCAUGGUAUCAUCCGCCUUGUUGGAAAACUCCAAGGGCCUGGGUAUUUUCGGAAUCUUGGUUUAUGAUACCUUCAUCAUUGAAUCUCACUUCCUUCUAUUCGUCAACUUUCUCUACCGAUAUUCCGUUCUCUCGAGGUACUUAAGUUUUAGUAAAUUGUAAAUCAAUUUCCUUUUCUCAGAAAAACGGUUGAAACGAAAAGUGCAUUCAGCCGGAGAGACUGCGCUAUUUUGAUUUCUUUGAGUAUUUUAGUCGUUUCCAUUUACUUGAUUCUGAGUCUUAUGUUCCUUGCGGAUGGAGUUGUUGACGAAGAAGUCCGGGAAGAAAUCCAGGAAGCUUAUAAUGUUGAUAUCCGUCAAUUCAGCUUUUUGUACACAGAAGUUUCCUCAGUAAGUUGAACGUUUUGAAAAAAAUUUGAGUUUCUGAGGUGAAAAUUGCAGAUCUUGUGCAAAAAUUCUGGGAUAGAGAUUCCUGAGCAAGAGUUCUCAAAAACAAAAAACAAAAUUGUCCUUCUAAGAGGCCUAUGGUACUGAGGAACAAACCGUUGAAAAUUUACGGAAAAAAAACUCGAAACUUGAUUUUCUUAUGGUUAUAGGUUUUUGAAACAACUUCUGAAGUUUCCUAUAUCAUAAGAAACACGAGAAAAAACUUUUUUCUUAAAAAAAUUCCAAAAAGAGUCAGUUUUCAAGCUUUUACUGUAAAUUUUCGACCGGAAUUUUUCCGGUACCCUGGGGCAGCAGACAAUACUUCUUUUUUUCAAGUUCUCAAGCUCAGGGCUCCUAUUACUAAGAUUCGAAUCGAAACAGAUCCGCAAUGCCUCUCUAACUUCCUUUUAACGCCCUGCUGGGUGCCGGAGAAAAUCGAAAAUAUAUAGGAAAAAGCUCAAAAACUUUCCUUUGUGUUUUUGAAGGGAAAGCUCGUCAUAGAAAGAAGCAGAACUCUUCUGGAUUGCAUAAAACUUCCCUAAUCGAAUUCAUUUUUCAGAAAAAUAAGUCAGCCAUUUUAAUUUUAGCAACAAUGUUAAGCGAUCUUGUUUUUAUCCAUAUGUCUACUCUGACAGUUGCUUUCAAAAGCUAUCGGCUGUUGAAUCAGCACGUUGUCAAUCUUCACUUCAACAAGCAGACCUUACACGCCACCUUGAGUCAGGUUACUUUUAUUUCGUUCACCUGGCAGAUGGCGCAUGUUUCGAAAAAGAAUAAAUAAAUUUAGUCCAUCAUGCCGUUGUUUUUGGUUUUUCUCCCGAACAUUGGUUUGUAUGUCUCCAGUUUCCUCGGCCUCGAUAUUGGUGUCAACGCAAAUUUGACUCUGGUGGUCUUCAGUUUUCAACCGGUCUUUGACCCUCUUUUCACCUUGUUCUUGAUCAAAGUUUACCGUGUAAAACUAUUCAAAACAGUGAAAAUAAUCCCUAAAAAGUUGGUGCCCUUCUUAAAACUGAAAUAAAGUUUCUGAUCGACCAAAGUCACGCAUCAGUCAAAGAUAUUGCAAUGGGUUCAAUGAUAACAUGUUUAUUUUUUCCAAUCGAAAAUUGAAAAAAAAAGCAUGUGCUUUUGUGAAGAAGUAAAAUUCAGUUAAUGACCAGUGACGCGGAGUGUUUUGAGAAGUAUUGCGGCAGUUGAGAAGGAAUAGAUUCAUGAACUCACUGGGAAGAGCUUGAGCGGGUUCCUAUGAGGAGGAAUAAGCCUCCCUACGGAGGUAUAAGUGGGUCCUGUAAGGAGAAGGACCCGCCUAAAGAAGAUAAAAGUGGGUCUUGUUGAGAGAAGAACCGCCUACAAAAGUGAAAGUGGGUCCUGUAGGAAACUUCCAAAUAUUCUUCCGAAUCAAAUUUUCAAUCCGGAUCUGUCAAAACGCUUGAAACCAAUUUUUAUUUAAUUUUGGUUGCACCAACAGAAAAAGUCUUCACUUCUCUAAUUCUGAGCCUUUAGCCGUACCAAGCUCUGAGUUGAGGCAGAACACAGGUCGAAACUUGGUCGUACUAAAAGUUGGCCUUUAGCAACACGAAGUUCUUUAAUUUGUGAAGAAUUUGGACAUACUUAGAGAUCAUUGACUUUUAGCAGUACUAAGUUCUUCAUCUGUUGGUGAAACACAGAGUAUACUUCCUAAUUACUUCCGUCAUACUAAAAUUUGGACUAACCUCUCACUGGGAUCUUAGCUACAAAAUCAUAUCGGAUAGUUUCAAGUUUUGAUAGUUGUGCUCAGCUUUUCUCUCACAGGCGCAUUCAUACUGAAUCUCUGAGUAGAUGAUGAGUUUAAAUGAAGAGUGAGAAAAGAAUCCAAAUAAAAAUUGGUUUUUUUUUUUGAACGGUUCUGAUAGAACAUCCGAUUCGGAAGAAUGUUUGGGACUUUUCUAAGAUUCGGUUGAAAAUAUCCGAUUCGGAAAGAAUAGGUUCGGUUGAAUGGCCGAAUCGGAUUCGAUUCGGAAAAGUUUCGAUUCAGUUGGAAGUACACCGGAAAACAAACUGAUAAAUGCGUAGACUGUUCUAAAGUACAGUUGUCUUUCCAAGUCCCCAUAGACAGACGUUAUUUUGCUUGCAAAUGGGCCGGCUUUUAAUUCUCUUUUUUUUUUCAAAGCCAUGGUACUCGCUUUAUAUGAAGCUGUAUUCGCUUUAAACGCAGCGUUUGGUGUUUUUCUGAACGUUUUACUUUCGAUAGUUUCAUGGUUCACUCCACUUCCGGGGAACAGAAAUUACAAAAACUUGGUGCUUCUUUUUGCCGUAUUUAAUAUUCUUUAUUCACUGCUCAAUGUUAUUUUGAAUCCGGUGAGCGCUGCCCAGAACUGAAAGUAGAAGUCCCUUCCAGAUAGUUUACGUGAAAGAACGAAAGAUCGUUUUCGUGACGUCUUUUUUGAUGCAGACAUUUGCUCCAAAGUUUUUUGAAUGUAUGGUUUACGCAGCGUUUGUCACAGAGUCCCAUUAUCUCAUUUUCGUCAACCUACUCUAUCGUUAUUUGUUGAUGUCGAGGUUCGCUUUCUCUAUAAACCAUUUGUCUACCAGUUCUAUCUUUUUCAGAAAAGCAGCCGAUAUCAAAAGUCAAUUCAGUCGAACUGAUAUAGGAGUUUUAGCACUCAUUAACCUAGUUCUCACCUCAGUCCUGUUGUAUUUUAUAAAGUACUUCAAAGCGAAAAAGUCGAUUGAUCAUCAGAUCGUUGAAGAGAUCCAAGAAGUUUUUCAUGUUGACAUUUCUCGCUACGACUUCUUCUACGCAGUUCUCACUAAGGCAGAAAUGAAAAAAAAGUAAUUGAAAAUAAUCUAGUUUCUUCAGAACCACAUGAAAGACAUUUACAUGUUUAUGGGGUUUCUGAGUGUAUCGUUCUUUAUCAUGGUGUCGAUACUGGUAGUCGGGUUCAAGACAUACAAGUUACUAAACCAUCACGCUGCCAAUCUCCCGAUCCAGAAGCAAAUAUUCAAUGCCAUCUUAUGCCAGGUUGCUUGCGUUCUCGCCCUUCCAAAUCUUCAAAAUAGCAACUUUUGCAGUCCGUCACCCCUUUCUUCACGGGCUUGGUUCCCAGUAUUACUCUCUUCGCCAGUACAUUUUUUGAAGUGAACCUCGGGUUUUACAUCAACAUUUUGUUCGUGUUCCACAGCCUUCAACCUGUUCUCGAUCCGCUCUUCACUCUGUUGUUGAUCAAAGUCUAUCGAGAAAAGUUCUUUACAACUUUGCUUUGCGGCAAGAAUUGCUGGUUCACCAGUUCAACCUCUGUCAGCAGGUUUUCGGCGCAAACUCUUUCAUAAAGUGUUAAACGUUUAUUUUUACAAAAUAUUCUUUAAAGCCAUUGCUUUCCCCGCUAUUGCUUUUCAGUUUUCAACAAGUACUUGAUCCCUUUUUACAAUGGCUUUGAUCAAAAUCUAGGCUCACUGUAACGCAACAGGUUUUGUGCUUGUCUACCGUCGAUAGGGUCAGAAGUUCGAUCCUCGCAAGAAAUGUUGAUUAUGGGAAACCUUGGCCUAAUAAUGCACACACCAAGACGGAUACAUCACUAAAGCCAGUCCACUGGUUAUUAUUGAUAUCAGGAUGGAACCUUGUCUCAGCGACUUGGGGCCGCUCAAACCCUACAAAGUCGUAAGAAGAAGAAGUGGAACUGUGACCAACUCAACUUUGAUAUGAACCAAAUCACCACAUUUCUCGACACAAAUUCAAUACUUUACAAAUUUCACUUGAAAGGACGAAAAGCAAUUGAUGCAAUAAGGAGUACAAUUUUCAAGCUUUCACUUUCAAAUCCCUAGGCUUCAAAUAUAAUAUUUUCGAUAAUAACCGUGCCUUUCAUUCAAGUCCUUCAGUUCUUCUUGCGAUGGCAUUGGAUGUUUUUGAGACCGUGUUUGCCUUCAAUGCGAUUAUCGGCGUUUUUCUGAACGUUUUACUUUGCAAAAUCUCCUGGUUCACGCCUUUACCGAGUAACAGCAAGUACAAAAACUUGGUGAUAUUUUUCGCGGUUUUUAAUGUGUUUUAUUCUCUUCUCAAUGUUGUUUUGAAGCCGGUAAGCCUGCUUCAGUUCCUAUAAGACUUUCCCAUUCAGAUCGUGUAUUUCAAGGAUCAAAAGAUGAUUUUUGUGACAUCUUUCUUGUUUCAUGAAAGCUCUCCGAAGUUCUUCGAAAUGAUGAUUUACGCUGCAUUCAUUAUGGAAUCCCAAUAUUUGAUCCUCGUCAAUUACAUAUAUCGUUACUUCCUAAUAUCGAGGUUUCCUUGAUGUUCACUCUUUUCUAUAUUUUCUUGCAGAAAAGUCGCUGAUUUCAAAAAUACAUUCAGUAGGAGGGAUAUAGGAGUCUUAUCUUUGAUCAACGCCGUUCUGACAUCCAUACUCCUGUACUUUAUAAACUACUUUAAAGCGAAAAAGUUGAUUGAGCCUCGAAUGCUUGAAGAAAUUCAAGAAAUUUUCCAUCUCAAAGUCUCUCAAUACGAAUUUUUCUACGCUGAAUUUUCGAAGGUUCUAUUGGAAGCAUGAACCGAAGAAAUACCUUUUUUGAUUCAGGCUAACUUGAAAGACGUCUUCAUGUACACAGGUCUUCUUAGUGUUAUUCUGUUCAUCAUGGUUUCGAUGAUGAUCAUUGGCUUCAAGACUUAUAAGUUAUUGAAUCAACACGUCGUCAAUCUGCCUCUUCAGAAGCAAAUCUUCCACGCCAUCAUCUGUCAAGUUGAUCUCCUUUCGAUCUUCAAUGAAUGGAAGAAGCUCUUUCAGUCCGUCGCUCCUUUUUUCCUGGGCUUAGUGCCUACGAUGACCGUCUUUUCGAGCACUUUACUGGAGUUCAACUUGGGGAUCUACACUAACGUUCUGUUUGUGUUCCAUAGCUUCCAACCCAUCGUCGACCCGCUUUUCACUUUAUUGUUGAUCAAAAUCUACCGAGAGCAAUUUUUUUCGAUUAUGCUCUGCGCUAGGAAGCAUGUUGUAGGUUCGACGUCUAAAAGUAUCUCUUCGGGCCAAAAUGCUCGGUAAAUCCUAAUCAGAGAAAAUUCGAAGAUCUUUCAAGAAUAAUUACAAACGUUGAUAAAUACAAAUGCCGUCAGCUCUCUCCUUUUUCAUCGUGUCAGGACCAUUUUCGCGAUGGCUCAAGCCAGUCGUGAAUCAGCUAUAGCGGAAGAAGCGCUCCCAAAUUUACAUGAUUCCUUUGUUUUAGAACUAAACCUAUUUCAUAAAAAUGACAGGUGGAUUUUCAAGAUAUGGAACAGCAGGUGUACUAAAGAACACGUAGGCUGCUCCGGGCUCCAUCUUCAAAGUCCCAGAGGAUUUACUAUUUUCCAUCGGAUUGCUUUUCAUACUCCAUUUGAAGCUUCUAAUAAAAGCUUUUUGCAUUACGAUGGCUCUGGAUGUUUUCGAAGUCAUUUUCGCUUUGAACGCCGUGUCUGGCGUUUUCAUCAACUUGUUGCUCUUGACCGUUGCAUGGUUUACGCCCCUACCCAGCAACAGCAAAUACAAUCAUUUGGUGAUCAUUUUUGCAGCUUUCAAUGUUUUCUAUUCACUUCUUCAUGUCGCAUUGAAGCCGGUGAGUUCGGACUUGGAAGAGUGCUGGGAAGUUUCUAAACACCGUCCGAAGAACCGAAAGCAGAAAAUUCCCAAUUAACACCUGAGAAGAUAAAUUAUAUUCAGAUCGUAUACGUGAAAGGUCACAAAAUCGCCUACUUGACUUUUUUAUUUAUCCAUCAAAACUGGCAGUUUUUGGAAAUCGAGGCUUACAUGGCUUUUGUUCUCGAAUCGCAUUAUCUCCUUUUCGUCAACUUUCUCUAUCGCUAUUUUUUGAUCUCGAAGCUGAGUAUCUCUUUCUUAUGAAAUCAAGUUCAUUUUUCAGAAAUAUAUUCGAAACAAAAAGCACUUUCAGCCGAACCGACAUAGGGCUUUUGAUUUGGUUGAAUCUGGUUUUCACUUCUGCUUUUCUGUUAUUCACCAGACGUUUCGAGACCAAAGAGUUCAGUGACCGACAGAUGUAUGAGGAAAUAAAAUCAACCUUCCAUGUAGAAAUCACUCGACAAGGCUUCUUCUACGCUGAACUGUCCACGGUUGAGCCAAAGGCACAAUCGAAUAAUUUUGAUUCAAACUCAGAACAAUCUAGUUGACGUAUUUAUGUUGGCAGGACUUCUCAGUGUCCUUUUCACUAUUAUUGUUCUGAUGAUGAUUGUGGGAUUCAAGACUUACAAACUCUUGAAUCAACAUGUCCUCAAUCUUCCCAUCCAGAAACAAAUAUUCCAGGCUAUCAUAUGCCAGGUGAUCUUCGAUUUUGAAGAACUUGCCCUUUCUUAUAAACGGAUUUUAGUCUUUCACUCCGUUAUUCUUGGGAUUUCUUCCCAGCCUCUUCGUCACCGCCUGCACACUUUUCGACGUGAAUCUCGGCAUCUACCAAAAUUUCCUAUUCGUUUUUCACAGUCUCCAGCCUGUUGUCGAUCCGCUUUUCACUUUGAUAUUGAUCAAACUGUACCGCGAGAAAGUUUUACUAACGUUACUUUGUAAGAAACAGAAGUUGUUAGGCUCAACGUCUGUGAGAAUUGCUUUCAUUCACAGCGCUCCAUAACGAGCGAAUUCGUAUUUUGAUUGGUGAUAAAACAAGCUUGAGGCUAAGGGAACGUCGCCUGUCUGCGCUCUCCACCAGGCAGACACUAUUUUUUAUUAUUAUCGUGCCAGAAUCCUUUCUCUAGAUGGCUCAAACCAGCCGUGAAUCAGCUACACAGCUGAAAAUUUUUCAACUUUGGAAACUGAUUUUCUUUCGAAGCAGUAAGCUGUGUCGGUUUUAAAAAAGAAAAAUCGGAUCUUGGCGAUUUUAAGAAAAACUAAGUUUUGUAGAAGCGUAUGAGAAUUUCACUAUGCAUUACAUGAACGACGUUUUUUUUGUAUGUUAAUAAACGUGUCUAUACGAACUGUACUACAUACAAGUUUUCUCAGAUUAUUGAAGUAGAAAAAAAAAGCUGAUCAUAAAACUGUUACCCCAGGUUAAGCCUGGAAAGGUGUUAAGAAGGUAAUGGGAAGUUAGAAGGUCUUGAGGAGGUAGUUGGAAGGUUCUUGGAAAGUAACCUUCGAAUAGGCUUCUGGCAGGCUCGUAGAGCUUGUUGGGAAGGUAUUUGGAAGACCUUUGACCACUUGCUGAAAAGCUUUCAAACGCCUUCCGAGGAACCAAAAGCAGAAGCUUUCGAACACCCUCCCAGCAUACCACUGAAUUUCAAUUGCUUAAUAAAACUUUUCUUUUGACCGAGGAACAUAACUCACUGCAAUUUAAAUGAGGUAAAUCUACGUCGACCCUCUCUCGGACUCCACCUUUCGAAUCCCUGAAGAUUUCUCGUAACUAGUCCUUUCCGUACAAUUAAAUAGAAAAUAUUUUGAACAGCUAUGCCUGUGGACGUAUUCGAAGCACUAUUUGCUUUGAACGCUGUUCUGGGCGUUUUUAUUAACUCCUUACUUUUGAUAGUUGCAUGGCUAACUCCUCUUCCAAGCAAUAGCAAAUACAAAAAUCUGGUAAUGGUUUUUGCGGUUUUCAACGCUUUCUACUCACUUCUUCACAUUACUUUGAAACCUGUGAGUUUUUUUUUUCUGUAGUUAUCUAUCUUGGCUUCUUUGCUCAGUUUCUUUACAUCAAAGGUUCAAAAGUCGUCUUUGUGACUUCUUUUUUCAUUCAACACGAAUGGCGCUUCCUCGAGGUAUUGGUUUAUAUGUCUUUCGUUAUUGAAUCACAAUAUCUUCUUCUUAUCAACUUUCUCUACCGUUAUUUCAUAAUCUCUAGGUCUGGUCUUUCUCAUCUUUUUUGCAGUUUCUCAUCAUUUCUCAGGAAGGCUCCUGAAAACUGCAAUGCCUUCACCCGAAAAGAUGUUCAGCUACUGAUUCCGCUGAAUAUGCUUUUUAUCUCCUUAUUCUUAUUUUUCACAAAAAACUUUGAAACAAAAAAACUAGAUGAUCGACAAAUGGAAGAAGAAAUGGAAACUGUUUUCAAAAUCAACGUCACUGGCCACAGCUUCUUUUUCGCGGAAUUUUCCCAGGUCAUUUGCAAAACGAGAAAAAAAGAGAAAUUCUGUUCAGAAUAACUUGAUCGAUGUGCUUAUGUUAUGUGGAAUACUCAGUGAAACUUUCAUUGUUCUUUUAUUGAUGAUGAUGGUCGGAUUCAAGACUUACAAUCUGCUGAAUCAAUACGUCCUCAACCUGCCUAUCCAGAAGCAGAUCUUCCAUGCUAUCAUAUGUCAGGUAAACGUUACUUUUGAACCUUAUACAUGGUUCCUACAAACCUUUUUUUCUGAAAAUAUUUUUUUCAGUCAGUCACUCCGUUCUUUCUGGAAUUACUUCCCCCUCUAGUAGUGUUCAUUUGCACACUUGCGAACUUCAACCUCGGAAUGUACCAAAACUUCAUCUUUGUAUCUCACAGUUUUCUGCCCGUUUUCGACCCUUUUUUCACCCUGUUUUUCAUCAGAAUCUACCGGAAGAAGGUCUUUUCGACUUUCCUCUGUCGAAAAAAAUCCUUGAUCUCAUUCUUUACUGAUGGAUUCACAUGAAGGGCUCCAUAAAGAAAGUUUGCUUGUAACUUUAAAUCUUUAAAGGAUUUCACCUUGAAAAAAUACUUUUAUCACGCACCUGACACUGGGAGAUCUUGUUAGUACCGAAGAAAAUGUUCCAAGAGAGUCAAUGGGAAGACCAAUCAGUUCUCGGAAAUAACUUUUUAGCUUAAAAGUACCUUUCAGUCGUGAAAAUUGAUAAUAAGUUUCCAACCGUGUCAUUUUCACUUUUUGCGCAGAGCAUGGACUUUCAACUUGCCCUUAAUGUUCGUCUUUUCUAGUUUUAUUAAUCGUUUUUCUUUUCAUAAAAACCGGUUUUUUGAAGCACAGCGAUUGUACUUCAAGGGAUCUGCGUAGGUUUGAAGUCUCUGAGGACCAGAAUUUAAUAUUCAGCCUUUUCUUAAAUUCCAUUGAGGGAUGAAGAUCUGUACGUCAUGAAAACGAUGGCUGUCGAUUUAUUUCAAGCCUUUUUCGCUUUCAACGCUACACUGGGCGUUUUUCUGAAUUUAUUACUUCUAUCAGUUGCUUGGUUCACCCCAAUACCUAGUAACAGUAAAUACAAAAUAUUCGUGUGCGUUUUCGCGACAUUCAACGCUUUCUUCUCAUUGCUCCAUGUCACUUUGAAACCGGUUAGUUUGAUUCGGCGAAACUGGAACUUUGGUCCUCAGAUUUUGUACAUCAAAGGGCCAAAAGUGGCCUUCGUGACCUUUUUCUUCAUCCAGCACGACUGGCGUUUCAUUGAGAUCAUGGCUUAUAUCUGCUUUGUCAUGGAAUCCCAUUUUUUGCUUCUUGUCAACUUCCUCUAUCGUUAUUUUUUAAUAUCUGGGUCCUAAAAUCAAUCACUUUCUAUUUUAUUUGCAAAAGUAUUUCAGAAACGUUCCUGAAACCAAAAAUACCUUCAGCCGAAACAAUAUACUUCUUAUAAUUUUUACCAACUUGAUUUAUACCUCACUUUUCUUGUAUUUCACGAAACAUUUCGAAACAAGAGAUCUCACUGAUUUGGAAAUGCGCGAUGACAUACAAGACAUUUUUCAUGUCACUGUUACUCGUCACGACUUUUUCCUCGCUGAACUUUCCGGAGUUUAUCGAACGGUGAUUUCAAAUUCAUGAAAAAGCUCUGGUUUAGAAAAACUUGAAGGAUAUUUUUAUGUUGAUAGGGAUCCUCAGCGAUACUUUAUUCAUCACUGCCUCAAUGAUGUUGGUGGGGUUCAAAACUUACAAGUUAUUGGACCAACAUGUUCUUCACCUGUCUAUUCAGAAACAGAUCUUUCAUGCCAUCAUAUGCCAGGUAUCAUUCAAACCUAAGAGUUUCAAUUAAAUUGUCAUUUUGGAUCGGCUUUUCCAGUCGAUUGCCCCAUUCUUCGUUGGCUUUCUCCCAGGUCUGACUAUUUUCAUCUGCACUCUUUUCGACGUCAACCUCGGCAUCUACACGAACUUCCUGUUGGUGUUCCAUAGUCUGCAACCUGUAGUUGAUCCUCUUUUCACCUUAUUCAUGAUCAAAAUCUAUCGAGAAAAAGUUUUUUCGUUCAUACUUUGUAGGAAAAAAUCAUCGAUGGGAUCUACUUCUGUGGUUUUUGCUCGAAGUACCCUAUGAAAAUCAAUAAUAAAACUUAUACUUAUACUAAAAGUGACCACUUCAAAGCUUUGACGUUUUAGUAGUCAUAAUAGUGAUCACUUGGGAGGCUCAAAAUAGUGUCCUUAUUUAGCAGUCUAAAUGGUACUACUAGGCCAGCAAGUAGUAGCCUAGUAGUACCAGAGAGACGCUGAAUAGUGACUUUUAUAGACCUUUCCCAAUACCUCUCAAUUGCAAACUGAAUAAUGAGUAAGGUAAAAAAAACCCCCUUAGCGGUUCCCAAGAGGAACAAUUAGUGAUGAAAAUAAUACGUCUGCUGGAGUGAACCAUUUUUUUAUUUUCUUGUCUCUUGAGAUUGCUUCGGGGGUCAAAACAAGACCAGGUGAAAAAGAGUGUGCUCUUACCAAGAUAAGUCCACGGGACCGCUCUCAGCUUGACCUUUGGAAUCCCUUCGGACGUUAUUUUUCACUGAAAAAAAAGAAAUAAAAUUCACACGUCCCGAUCUCCCAGUUAAAAUGGCUGUUGACUUGUUCGUAGUAUUCUCUGCUUUUAACGCAGCUGUUGGUGUUUUCCUCAACGUUUCUCUUUUGAUUAUUGCUUGUAUCACUCCCCUGCCGAGCAACAGCAAGUACAAGAUAUUGGUUGGGCUUUUUGCCACUUUCAAUGCUAUUUAUUCAACGUUCAAUAUAGCUUUCAAGCCGGUAAGCUUGACUCGAUAAUAAUGAGAAUAGCCCAUUCAGAUCGUUUACGUGAAAGGUCAUAAAAUGGUUUUCUUGAGCUCAUUUUUGAUUCAACACAGCUUUCGCUACAUUGAAGUCCUCUUCUACAUGGGUUUUGUUAUCGAAUCCCAUUACCUUCUCUUCGUCAGUUUUCUCUACCGUUAUUUCACGAUUUCAAGGUUCAAAAAAAAAUUGCAUAAAUAAUCCCAUCAAUUUUUUUUGUAGGAAAGUCGCGGAAAACAAAAAUGCUUUCCGCCGAAGUGAUGUGGCUCUUUUAGUUGUGGGCAAUCUCGUUCUUGCGUUCUUUUUCAUAACACUCACGAAACAUUUCGAUACAAAUGAAUUGAACGAUCCGGACAUGCAAAAGGAAAUAGAAGAACUGUUUCAUGUCGGGAUUCCUCGGCACGGCUUUUUCUGUGCAGAACUUUCUCAAGUUAUUCUGAAAGAACUCUCAAAAAAAUUUAUUGAUUUAGAAAAACCCAGACGAUCUUGUGACAUUAUUAGAACUUUUUAGCAUCCCCUCCCUGAUUAUUUUGUCGAUGAUGGUCGUGGGAUACAAAACGUACAGACUCUUGAAUCAUCAUGUCCUCAAUCUUCCUGUCCAAAAACAAAUUUUCUACGCAAUCGUAUGCCAGGUAACUUGGGAUUUCGGCCCUUUCUUUACUUUUUCCAGUCUAUCGUUCCGUUUUUUCUAUUUCUUCCCAGCUUCAUUAUUGUCGUUUGCGCAGUUUUGGACAUCAAAAUCGGCAUAUACAACAAUUUUUCUGUGGCUUUUCAUAGCCUUCAACCCGUGGCCGACCCCUUUUUCACUCUUUUCAUCAUCAAAAUCUAUCGAGAGAAAUUUCUCAAGGUGCUUCUCUGUAGGAAAAACGAAUCGGCUAAAUUCAAUUCUGUUGGAAGUGUUUCGGCUCAGGUGGCUCCUGAGCAUCUAGAAGUCAUGUCUUUGGAAUAAAGAUUCUUCUAUUUAUUUUGAAGGAGAAGGGUACUGUUGCGGCUGGAAGGUAGCAGUAGGACAUUUCACUUUUUUAUGCUAAAAUAGUGAUGAAAAGCAAACUCCAGGGUCUCUUGGAACACUCAAAAAUAUGCUGGCUAGUGAAUGAGGAUUUGAAAGCAGUAAUUAAAGAAAAAAAAACGCUGACAAGGUAUAUCGGCCGGAACUUUGAGUUUACCUUGAGAAUUGAUUAUAAGCUUCCUACCUGGUAAUCUGAGUCUGUCGCCGAAAACAUGAACUUUUAUUCUUUCUAAAGUCACUCAUUCCUUUCUUUAUUUGAGCUUUUGAAAUACAUUCUCGAAAUCAUAACAAAGCGCAGUAGCUAAAUUGCAAUUUACGUAGGUUAGUCUGGGCCCUUCUAUCAGAUCCCCUGUGGACUUAUCUACUCAAAUAUCGACCAACUUUUGCAUUUCGAGGGUUAAUAAAUAUCCCCUCGCAAUGAGUGUGGAUAUAUUCAGAGCGAUUUUUGCUUCCAACGCCGCUUUGGGAGUUUUUCUCAACGUCUUACUUCUGGCCGUGGCCUGGUUCACGCCUCUACCGAGCAACAGCAAGUAUAAAAACUUGGUGAUCAUUUUCGCGACGUUCAAUGUUCCUUAUUCAGUGUUGCAUGUUACCCUGAAGCCGGUAAACUUGAAUUUCUAUGCAAGUAACACUGUACUUCAGAUCGUAUACAUCCAAGGCCCAAAAGUGGCCUUUGUGACUUCUUUCUUCGUCCAACACGAGGACCGAUUUAUUGAAAUCAUGACUUACAUGACUUUUGUCCUCGAAUCACAUUAUCUUCUUCUCAUCAACUUUAUUUACCGCUACUCGUUGAUAUCGAGGUAUUGCCCGUUUGCCGCGACUUGAGACUUUUCAAGUGUCUGCGUCUCUCUGUUCCCUCGCCGACGAGGUCCGAGAAACCAGAAAACAGCACGUCAGCAUGAGAGGGUCGUUGAGAGACGUGGAGGGCGCAUAGAAAAACAGUAGUUUCAAAUCUUGAAAAACGGACUGUAGAAGUGCAAAAUUAUUUUUCUCAUCUAGAAAGUGAAGGACAAAAUGAAUUGGUAACGAAAAAAAUAAACAGAAAGUGAACUUUUUGAAGCAGUCUGUUUGAAAAAAAGACGAAAGAAUAGUUUAUUGUGAUGUGAUGAGUGAUACUUUAUUCACAUUCACUAUAUAGUCUGUGUGCCACGACUUGAAAUUUCACCGAACGACAUUCCGCUGUUCCGCUGCGUCGCGAAGCGUCUUUGCGAGCCUCAGUCUCGCUUUGAAUUGGUUCUCAUUUAUGAUAUAUGAACUGUCCCACUAGGAACACGUGUUGGUCGAGUUCUUAAAUAAAAUUUAAAAUCAAAAAGCGGCCGAGCACAUAGCGGAACAGCGGAAUGUCGUUCGUUGAAAUUUCAAGUCGUGGUACACAGACUAUACAAACAAUUCUUUUUUUUUUAAAAUUUCCUCUAAGUAUUUCUCAGAAAAGCUACUGAAGCAGGCACCAUAUUCAGCCAUCGCAAUAUCGCAGUUUUCCUGGCAUUGAAUCUAUUUUUCACUUCUGCUUUCUUAUUCCUCACCAAACAUUUCGAAUCAAGCGAGUUGACUGACCUUCAAAUGGUUGAAGAUAUACAACGAAUGUUCCACGUCGAAAUUCGAAAUCACGGCUUCUUCUACGCUGAGCUUUCCAAGGUCAACCUGACCAAUAUAUUCGGAAAAAUGUAGCUGUUCAGAACAAUUUGAAAGACGUUUUCACAUUGGCGGGAAUUCUCGGGGUGUUUUCUAUCAUCUUGUUAUCAAUGAUAUCGAUUGGAUUGAAAACGUACAAAGUGCUUAAUAAGCACGCUCUCAAAAUGCCUAUCCAUAAGCAAAUCUCCCAUGCCAUCCUAUACCAGGUAUAAUUCAAUUAAUAAACCCCUGGGCAUUUUUUUUCAGUCUAUCGCCCCCUUCUUCUUGGGGUUUCUUCCUAGUCUUAUCGUCAUCAUCUGCACUCUUUCAGACGUUGAUCUCGGUGUUCAUCAUAACUUUCUAUUCGUUUUUCACAGUCUUCAACCAGUUGUCGAUCCGCUUUUCACCCUGUUACUUAUCAAGCUCUACCGUGAGAAAGUUCUUCAGACGCUCCUUUGUAGGAAUCAUAAUUUCAUCGGAUCAUUUUCUGCUAAAAUUGGUUUGAGUACUCUGUGAAAAAUUAAGGGAAGUUUCAAACUUUGGUUUUUGUUUAAAAAAAAUGUUCAUCGUGUCGAUUAACAUCUGGUAAAGCUCCUAGAUGGGUAAAAAAAUAUUCCAUCACUAAAUAAUACCGUUUUUUUUUUCAUCAAAUAAGUCAUUUCUAAUAUGCUUUUUUUUCUUUGCUCUGAUUUCUUUCUCAACAUUCAAUUAGACCUGUUUACAUUGUAUUUUUUUCAUAAACUUUUUGUUUUUCAUCUUUUUCCGAUUUAGGAUGAGCUCGAUAUAAAGUUGAAACGCAGUUCCCCAUGACAGCGAACAGUAAUUGUGCCCGUCGUAAUUAGCUUAAAUUGGUCUAGGCCUCACCUUUUGAACCCCCAAAGGACCAGAAAUUUUGCAAUUCCCCAAAAGCUCCUGCUCGUCGAAUCUCCUCGAUAAUGGCUGUAGAUAUCUUCGAAGUCGUUUUCGUUCUUAAUGCAGCUUUUGGCGUUUUUCUGAACGUUUUACUUCUGAUAGUUGCUUGGGCCACGCCUCUGCCGAGCAACAGCAAAUACAAGAACUUGGUGAUGAUCUUUGCGGCUUUCAAUGUUUCAUAUUCACUUCUCAAUGUCAUUCUGAAACCGGUAAGCUCUGAUUCAAAAUGGCACACGUCCGUUUCAGAUCAUCAACGUGAAAGACCAAAAAGUGGUUUUUCUAACCUCUAGUUUGAUCAAGGAAAUAACUCCGAAGUACUGGGGAAUUAUGACUUAUGCGACCUUUGUCAUGGAAUCUCAGUAUCUUAUUUUCGUCAAUUUUCUGUAUCGUUACUUUUCAUUAUCAAGGUAAAUGAAUUCUCAGAUAAAUCCUGGGAAGGUUGCCAGCAGAAGGUUGGACCGUUAAUGAAAACUAGAAGAUCUUUCGAAGGUGAAAAUUGGAAAUGCCUGCCAGAAACUUUCCAGCGGGCUUCUGAAAGGCAGUGAGAAGGUGUUGCAAAGCUAUGUCAAAAGCAUUUGACCACUUUCUGGAAAGCUUCUAAACGCCUUCCAAGGAAUCGGAAGCAGAAGUUUUUCAAUUUUUACCUGAGCUGUAAGUUUAACUGUAUGUCUUUUUUUUUUCAGAAAAGUAAUUGAAACCAAGAGUACGUUUAGUCGAGUCGAUAUAGUUGCCCUCAUUUUUUUCAAUGUCCUCCUGACCUCUCUCCUAUUGCUUUUUUUGUUAAAUAUUUCAAAGCAAAAGAGCUUAUGGAUCCACAAAUGUAUGAAGAAAUAAGAACAAUAUUUUAUGUCGAAGUUUCUCGGAACGACUUUUUUUCUACGCAGAACUCUCCGAGGUUGGUCGAAAAAAAUAUAUUAUGAAAAAUCCCUGGUUUAAGAAAAAUAUGAAGGAUGUUUUCAUGUUAAUAGGGAUUCUCAGCGUUCUUUUUGUCAUAAUGGUGUCAAUGAUGGUGGUUGGCUUCAAAACCUACAAAUUGUUGAAUCAACAUGUCCUCCACCUACCCAUUCAGAAGCAAAUAUUCCAUGCCAUCAUUUGCCAGGUGUUUUAAAUGAAAGAUAAGACCUCAAGGACCUUUUCAGUCCGUCGCUCCUUUCAUUCUUGGAUUUUUCCCCGGCUUCGUCGCUGUUCUCUGCACAUAUUUAGGAAUCCAAAUAGGGAUCUACAUAAAUUCUUUGCUGGUUUUUCACAGUUUCCAGCCUGUAGUUGAUCCUCUCUUCACCUUGUUGCUGAUCAAAGUUUACCGCCGGAAAGCCCUAUCGAUUUUGCUGUGCAAAAACGAACCGUCUUUGGUGUCCACUUCUGUUGCUUUUACUCGAAGUUCUCUUUAAAAAUGUUGAUAGUUUCUUGAAAUUAAAGAAAUGUGUAAAGCUUACAAGAUUAAAAUUUUUAAAACGAGUCAUAGAAGUUUCUGCUUCAGUCGUCCCUUGCUUCAUUUUUUAACUUUCCUCAGACAGUGUUGUUUUUAGAGGAUAACAAAUCUUUUUUUGCGUUUCAUCUAUAUUUUCUGGGAAAUAUUUUUGAAAUGAAUACGCAGUUCCUCAUACAGUAAUUUUUCCCAUCGUCAUCGCUUAUAUUAGUCUAAGCCUCACCUUUCGAGUAAAAGCAUCAACAAGCGAAAUCUCGAACCCCAAAGGACCAGAGAUUUCGCUUGUUGAUGAACCAGGUUUCGCAAUCCCUUGAAAAGCUUCUGCUAGUCGAAUCUGCUCGAAAAUGACUGUGGAUAUCUUCGAAACUAUUUUCGCUCUUAAUGCACUUUUUGGCGGUUUUUUGAAUAUUUUGCUCCUGAUAGUUGCUUGGGCCACUCCUCUUCCAAGCAACAACAAAUACAAACACUUGGUGAUGAUCUUCGCGGCUUUCAAUGUGUUAUAUUCUCUUCUCAACGUCAUUCUGAAACCGGUACGCUCUGACUCACAAUGGCUACACGUCCUUUUCAGAUAAUCAUCGUGAAAGAUCAAAAAUUGGUUUUUCUAACCUCUAGCUUGAUCAAGGAAAUAACUCCGAAGUACUGGGGAGUUAUGACUUAUGCGACUUUUGUAAUGGAGUCUCAAUAUCUUCUUUUUGUCAACUUUCUGUAUCGUUACUUCUCAUUAUCAAGGUAAUUGAGUUGUAAAUAAUAAUUUAUGAUUUUUUUUUUUCCAGAGAAAUAAUAAUUGAAACCAAGAACACUUUUAGUCGAGGCGAUAUAGUUGCCCUCAUUUUUUUCAAUGUCCUCCUGACCUCUCUCCUAUUGCUUUUUGUUAAGCAUUUUCAAGCGCAAGAGUUGGUUGACCCACAAAUGCACAAAGAAAUAAGAACAAUUUUCCACGUCGAAGUUUCUCGGAAAGACUUUUUCUACGCAGAACUCUCCGAGGUUGCUCUAAGAAAAGAUAUCAUAAAACACCCUGGUUUAAGAAAAACAUGAAGGAUGCUGUCAUGUUAAUAGGGAUUCUCAGCGUUCUUUUCGUCAUAAUGGUGUCAAUGAUGGUGGUUGGCUUCAAAACCUACAAAUUUUUGGAUCAACACGUCCCUCAUCAGCACAUUCAGAAGCAAAUUUUCUAUGCCAUUAUUUGCCAGGUUGAAUUUCGUUCAAGCUAUAUGACUCGGAGAAAUUCUUUCAGUCCAUAGCUCCUUUUUCCUAG